AUAUGUAUCUGCAUACACAUUUGCAUUGAAGCGACACUGUGGGUUUACGGAGCGUGCAGGUGUUUCCAUCACUCAGCAUCCUGCUGAGGGCUCCACUCCAGGAGACCCAGUUACAGUAUUUUCCUGAUAUUAUCUGAAGCUGUGCAGCACAUUUUGUACAACUACAUUACCCAGCAUGCAGCUGUACCGCUGGGUGGAGAACUGGAGGAGGAAGUCUUACCUGCCCGGACAGUCUGCAGGAUCUGGCCAGGACGACUCCUUUGACUUCUUAUUUAAGAUCAUACUGAUCGGGGACUCCAACGUGGGCAAGACUUGCGUGGUCCACAGUUUCAAGUCUGGAACCUUCACCGAGAAGCAGCAAAACACCAUCGGGGUGGACUUCACCGUUCGGACCUUGGACAUUGAGGGCAAGAGGGUCAAGAUGCAGGUGUGGGAUACAGCAGGGCAGGAACGCUUCCGCACCAUUACCCAGAGCUACUACCGCAGUGCCCAUGGAGCCAUGAUCACCUACGACCUGACACGUCGCAGCACCUUCGACUCCAUCCCCCACUGGAUUCGUGAGGUGGAGCAAUAUGGAGCUGCCAAUGUGCUGCUGGUCCUCAUUGGGAACAAAUCGGACCUGGAGUCCCAGCGGCAGGUGCUCUUUGAGGAUGCCUGCACGUUGGCUGAGGAGAGAGGGGUGCUGGCAGCCCUGGAAACAUCUGCCAAGGAAGCACGCAAUGUGGAGGAGGCCUUCCUGCUGUUGGCUCGGGAACUGAUGGCACGCAAUGGCAUGAUGGUCCAACAGCAGCCGCUGCAGGACUCCCGCGUCCUGCUGCGUGCCAACUCUCGGCCCAUAAACAGUCCCGAACCGCUAGAGAAGAAGUCGUGCCAGUGCUGAACGUGGAUGACAAAGAGCCCCCAGAAGGACAUGUGCGCAAGCUGUGGUACCCUUUCAUCUUUCCAAAGGGAGAAGAACGUGACCAUAAAGCCCACCAUGACAGAGAGCCUCCUGUAGAGCCAGCUGGCCAUUCACUAAGAAUGGAAAAACCACUGUAUUAUGUAAAGGCCUCUUGUGUGCAUUGUGCACAUAUAUUUGACUCUAGGGUGCAUUCAGACUUAUGUGUUAGUAACAAAAAUUCACAACAUAGCCAAAGUCCCAUUGUUGCUUACGAACAUGAAGCAGCAUGAAAUCAUCUAGUGUGACAUUUUAUUUUAUUCUAAAAAUUAUGGCUCUACGGGAACUGAAAACACUGUCACUUGCUCAGAUUUAGCAGUGUCAUUCUGACUUCACAGCGAGGAUAGCUUCCUGCUGAAACACCGCACUGUAGGUUUUCCGGACCGCCAAGUGUCGUAGGUACGAGAGACACCUGAGCACAAAUAAGAUAACAGGCUCUGCUGUGCGAAAUAAGAACUAACUUGAGCGGGAAAUUACCUCUUUACGCUGCCACAGCUACAGCCACUGAACACAACUGUGAAUGUAAUUCAUGCGUAUUGUCAGGAUGUACGAUAUUCUGCAUUGCACGUGCUACAUGUUUUAAAGUAUCGGCAAAGAAUUAGAACUUGUGACAAAACGCAAAAGCAACUGUUGAACAAUUCAUUACUUUGUAACACUAACUGUGUUUUAU